GGAGGAGAGGAGCGGGAUCAGCGCGCGGGCAGCCGCCGCCACGGGACCAGGCAGCGCCUCUCUGCACCUGCCGGAGCAGCAGCAGCCGAGCCGAGGACUGCGCGUCUUCCAAGGCAAUGUUACUAUAGAAGAUUAGUCAGAUGCCUUCUGUACAUUCUCCACAUCACAUGCUGUCUCAUGCAAGCUUUGAAACCACAUAAUUUAAAUGAAUGAAUAAUUAGGUAAGCAUAAUGGAAGGCACUCAUACUAUCCUCCAACUGCACAGGCCCAUUAUGGAACUUUGUUAUGUCAGCUUCUAUCUUCCAAAGGGAAAGGUCAGAGGAUUUACAUACAAGGGCUGUGUAACUCUAGACAAAUCCAAUAAACGUUUUCAUAACUGCUAUCAAGUAAGAGAACGGUCAGAGACAGCAGAACCGAGAGAGCAACCUUAUGAAAAUGUUGGAGAUAUUUUUUUCAAGCAAACUACCACUAAAGAUAUUCUCACUGAGCUGUAUAAACUAACUGCUGAAAAAGAAAGGCUGUUAGCUAACCUGCUCAGUUCACACAACAUUCUGGGUAUUAAAAUGGGAAAUCAGGAGGGGAAGCUACAGGAUGCCUCUGGAGGACUGAAAUUUAAAGAUGAUGAUGAUCUCUUAAGUUUCAAGGAUCAGCAGGAAAUCAUUUUGGAAUCCACAAAUCAGAAACCCAACUUGAGAAACAAAAAGAUGAGGAAAACUGGCAGAAGGAGAGAGAGCUUGGAGGAGUUCAUAAUCAAGAAAGUGAAAAAGAAGGUUCACGGCGAUUUGGAACCUCCUUUGUUAAACAGGAUAGACAUGCAACUGGGAAAUAAAAGGACAUUUCCUACCAAAUUUUCUGCUGGCAGCUCUUCUGGUUCCUUUUCCAAUUCUAACUGGCAGACAGUAGAAAACCAGGAUGAUUUACCAUUUGACAUAAAUAUACCACCAGAAAGAUGGAGAAAAGAUGGCGAUUUUCUUGAGUGCAGUGGGACUUUGAAAUCAGAUACAGACCUGUCUGAUUCUCUAUCUGAAUAUGACAAUGAUGUGUUUGGAAGUUGUAUUACACAUCCCAGUGCUGGUCUACUAGGUGAUGCAGAGGCUACUCUUAAAGUAAUGAAGGUGCAGCACAGCAGCCCUUUGUUGAACUCUUUCCAAGACAGUUUAUCUAACAGAUUUGAGGCCUUAAACGAGACUGCAGCAGCUGAAAGCCUGCAUGGUUAUGAGUAUACUGAGCAGACCUACAGUAAGAAACCUGCAGCCAGAGUUGUUGCUAAAGUACAGGAUUUGAGAGCGUGUAUGCAGAAAGUUAUAAAAACCCAUACAGAGUCUGAUGAUAACCUUUCUUUCACUGAUACUCAAGAAGAUAAGGAAACUAUUACACUUGUUCUCUCUGAAGUGUGCAGUGAAUUUAUACCAAAAGCUGAGGUAUUCAGUAUAGGUGAAGCUACUGUAGACUCUAAGUACACUGUGAUGCAGGAAAAGGAAUGCAGUGGCUGUGUUUUGCAGUGCAAAGAAGAGAGAACACAGAUUACUUAUGAGUCAUGCAACCUUGUGGGAGCAGUCAAUAAAACCAUUCUGAAAAUUAUCCAGAAUGACAGUUUAGAUGAAGCUGCAGAAUGGAAGAGACUACAACAAAUUACAAGAGCAGACAAAAACCUACCAGGCUCAAUUUAUGGCAAAAGAGCAACCAUACCCCAGGAGAGCAACAAACGUCUGUUUUUAAAUCUGCCAAUACACUUAAGAACUGAUAUUUCUCAGACAAGCACUAACAUUAAACCGGAAGAGAAAAGGCCGCUAUCACCCUCUUUAGUUGCUGUCUGUAAUGUUUUUAGUAAUUCAUAUUCAGGAUCCAAUGCACACAAACAAAUGUCACCUAUUCCUUCUCCUUUAUCUUUGAGAUUGCCUAGUCCACAGCUGCACCAUAGGAUUCUUCCACUACCUACACAGAACACUGAGGAAGAAUCUGUGUUGAAUGACUAUCGCAGUGGGAGACACGAAGCCAAAAACCUCUCCUUUGGUAAUGAUUUGGAAUCACAGUUCUAUCUGAAGUUUCCUGAAUCUGGAGAAUUGGGAUUUUCUUUAAGACAACCAGGCCUACAUCAAUGCACAACAGGAGCGUGUUUGGAAAAAUGCACUAUCCAAGAAAAACUAACUACUCAGACACAGCAGCAGCAGCUAUGUUCAGGUUAGUCCCUAUUUCAGACUGUAAAAAAUUCUGUCAAACUCUAAACAUCUCAGAUGUGGUCUUUUUAAUAAUGACCAAUUCUUAGGGCUUAAACAAUGCAUUUGCAAUUAAAGUAGUUUGUUUACUAUUUAAGGCACUGAUUCAAAAUCUGAUAAUAUAUUUGUUUUUUAUUAAAGUGAUCAUUAUAGUUUGCGGUGUUUGCCAGAUAUUUAGGUGCACGAUAUUUAUCACAAGCUGAAUAUCUUUUACACAUGUAAGAUAUUCAUAUCUACCAUAUGAUAUGCAUCCAGUUAUAAGUGCAUUUCCUACAUGGGUGAAAAUUUUUACUUGCUUAUUUUACUGUUUUAUAUGUUCUAGCUUGUGAAAUGGACCGAAUAACCAUUGUCAAAACCAUUUUGUAGUUGAUUUGGGUUAUCAGAUGGUAUUUUGCACUUGUAGUGCAAGUAAAUUAAUUUAUACUAACUUGGUUUAAGAUUGGUGCUUUGGCCAUGUAACUACAACAGGUUCAUAUAAAUGCUGUGAUAACAAAAUGUUUGUGUUUUAAAGUGUUGCAGGUGAGAAUCAUGUUACAAUAUACUUGUAUAAUGUGAAAUAUAUACUGCAUG